ACAACUGCGUGUGAACUAGACUCCACUGUCCCAUGGAUGGAUGUCGCAGCCCGAGCAGACGACUGGUCCCAGCUGGUAGCUAAACCCAAGGCCCCGGUUAGCUCUACUCCGAGCCAGAAGGAGCCAUGGACGGAUGUCCGCCGGGGGACACACCGUGGGAAGCUCAUCCGCCGUCCCACUCCCCCUCGUGCACUGCAGCUGACCAACGGACACUCCAUCCUGGACGAAGAGGACUCAACCCACGUCGCAAGGUCCGGUGUUCCCCUGCCGUCGCCGCCUCCACUCUGCAUGGCUACGUCCAGACCUUCGGUACACCAUGCUGACUGCCGCUCUCUGCGGCACACCACCUUCUCACGUCCAGGCCAUGCAGUUCAUCCCUAGUCCCGCUGCAACAGACACCCAGGUCCAGACCUCCGUGCUGGUGGGAGCCUGCUCCCACCAGCACGCCCCCUCUCCACAACCCGGCUGCAAACCCUUCAGUGCCCGUCCGGCAUCACCUGACUCUGCACGGACCCCGGGGCCGCCUCCUUCUUCACUGGUCAUAGGUGACUCCAUAGUCCGGAAUAUUAGGUCAAAGACUGCUGCAACAUACUGCUUCCCUGGUGGCAGGGUUUUGGACCUGGUUGAAAAGAUCCCGUGUCUUCUGAUGAAGCAUCCUCACGCCAGAAACGUUAUUAUCCACGUAGGCACAAACGACACGGCAUGCCAACAAUCAGAGAGGAGAGGCAUCUUUCAACACAUGGUUCCUCCUUCACUUCUCACAGAGAUGAGAGGAGCAGCUAUGAGUUUAACUGCAGCAGCGAGUGGAUUAGUUGUCUUCCUGCUCUCUGUGUCAGUGGUUCAGGGUCAGGAUGGCUGGGGAGUGACUUACUCUCCUACUGAGAUCUGUGCAGUGAAAGGAUCAACAGUGGAGAUAAGAUGCAGCUACACAUUCCCAUCUCCAUGGAGAGGCAGUGUUAACACAGUGGAGAAAACAUUCUGGUUCACUAAAUGGAGAGAUGGUGAACCUGUAGAUCUGACCACAGACUCAGAGUAUGCAGGUCGUGUAGAGGAUCUCGGUGAAAAGAACAUCUGCACUCUGAGAAUCAGAAACCUGACAGAGAGCGACUCAGCUGAGUACAAGUUCAGGUUUGAAACAAACCAAGCAGGAGGAAAAUAUGGUGGUUCGACUGGCGUCACUUUGUCCGUCUCAAAUCUCCAGGUCACAUCAGAUACAAACUGGCUGUUUUGUCAGAGCAGUUAUCCUCAAUCUUCUAAUCCUUCCUACAUCUGGUACAAGAACGGACAAAUAAUUCAGGGAGAAACAUCUCGUUAUACAAGCAACCCGAACAAUGCAGACAGUUAUUCCUGUGCUUUGAAGGGAUAUGAGGACUUUCCCUCUCCUGCAGUGUAUGGUCCAAAGCUCCCCUCUGUGUCAGUGAGUCCCUCUGCUGAGAUAGAGGAGGGCAGUUCAGUGACUCUGACCUGUAGCACUGAUGCUAACCCAGCAGCUAACUACAUCUGGUACAAGAAGAAUGGAAAUCAGAAACUUCCUCCUCUCACUAAAGAACCAAAGCUUUUCUUCAGCUCCAUCCAGUCCUCUGACUCCGGACAGUAUUUCUGUGCAGCUGAGAACGAGCUGGGGAAACGGACAUCUGAAAUGAUCUCUGUUGAUGUGAAAUUUGCUCCAAAGCUCCCCUCUGUCUCAGUGAGUCCAUCUGCUGAGAUAGAGGAGGGCAGUUCAGUGACUCUGACCUGUAGCAGUGAUGCUAACCCAGCAGCUAACUACACCUGGUACAAGAAGAAUCAAAAUGCACACCUUUCUUCUGUCAAUGAAGCACCAUUUGUUGUCCUCAGCUCCAUCCAGUCCUCUGACUCUGGACAGUAUUACUGUACGGCUGAGAAUAAGCUGGGGAGUAGAAGAUCUGAAUCCAUCUUUAUUGAUGUGACAUAUGCUCCAAAGCUUCCCUCUGUGUCAGUGAGUCCCUCUGCUGAGAUAGAGGAGGGCAGUUCAGUGACUCUGACCUGUAGCAGUGAUGCUAACCCAGCAGCUAACUACACCUGGUACAAGGAGGAUGAAGACUCUCCAAAAGCUUCAGGACAGAUCUUCACCAUCACUGACUUCAGAGCUGAACACAGUGGGAGUUAUUCCUGUGGAGCCCAGAACAAGUUAGGACGUAGUAACUCCAACUUACAUCUGAGUGUUGGAACAGGGAGUUCAACAAUGAUAGUGAAUAUCAUCAGGACGACUCUGGGGGUCUUGAUCCUGAUUCUUGUGUUUCUCCUGAGUCUGUGGAUGAGGAAGAAGAAAGCUCUGCGCUCCACCACUGAAGCACCUGAACCUGAAGAGAUCGAGUUGGACUCUGAUCCUGAGUAUGAGAACGACUCAGACACUGCAGCACAGACAGAAGACACAGAGGAGCAGGAAGACCUGGUGUGAAGUCCAGUCAGGUUAGAGCCUCCUGCAUCAGAUCAAACAGGCCCACUCCACAUUUAGAGUCACAGUUCCAGCUGUAACUUUACACAAAGUUUCUGUGAUUUUCUUCAGACGCUCACCUGAUGGAAACAAAGAAGAAGGACGUUGAAAUGUCCCUGUGGAGAGCGAGGCUGUGCAGGAUGUGUGUGAAGUGGACAUAUUAAUGUUCAACUCUUAAAGCUUGUACUGUCAGUUUUCAGUAGCAGCAGCUUGUAGGUUUAGAAGAAUGAGCUGCUGGCAGCUUGAAGUGAAUCAUGUUGAGGUGUCAAACAUGAUUUAUCGUUAAGACCAGCUGAUGGUCAGGUGCUCUAUAUUACUGCUUCAACUAUGUGUACAUGCUUAUUUGUUAUAUGCAGAGUUGUUGAUAUUACAAAAGUCUCGUCAAAUUGUUUUUUUAAAUUCCACAUAAUAAAUAACU